UGACAAUCUCUCUGUGAUUGACAGCUAUGAACACCAAUCCUUGCAUUCCCUCUGAUGGGGUGGGGGCCUCAUGGGCUUCAGCCCAGGAAGCAGCCUUCUAUUGGAGAGUCCAGCUGGAGUAUGAGAGCAUCUCAGCACACCUGAACAGGAGGAACGGUGGCGAGGAGCCUGUCGCAGGGCAGGAACAUGGGGUGACCUGGGCCGACCUCGAGGCAGAUGACCAGUGAUGGCCACAGCAUCACCUGGACUAUUUCACCAUGAAGUCAUUAAGGCAGAACGGGAAGAAGAACUCCUGAAGUCACUGGAGAGCAUCCUUCUCACCGCCGGGCUGUCCAUCAUCAUCGUCAUGACGGUCUUUGGAAACCUGCUGGUCAUGGUGGCGCUCUGCAAGGAUCGAAAUCUACGGAAGAAAAAGACCAACUACUUCAUCGUCUCGCUGGCCUUUGCCGACCUGCUGGUGGCGCUGGUGGUGAUGCCCUUCGCAGCCAUCGAGCUGACCACCGGCGUGUGGAAGUACGGCCAGCUCUUCUGUCUGGUGCGGACCUCGCUGGACGUCCUGCUGACCACCGCCUCCAUUCUGCAUCUCUGCUGCAUUGCACUGGACAGGUACUACGCCAUCUGCUGCCAGCCUCUGGUGUACAGACACAAGAUGAGCCACCUCAGAGUGGCGGUGAUGCUCGGUGGCUGCUGGCUCAUCCCCACCUUCAUUUCCUUCUUACCCAUCAUGCAAAGCUGGCACGCCAUUGGCAUCGAGGAUAUUAUCGAGGAGAAGCGUUCCUCACCAGGAGGCUCCAACGACACAAGUUGCGUGUUUGUGGUCAACCGUCCAUACGCUUUGAUCUGCUCCACGGUGGCCUUCUACGUCCCGCUGGCCCUCAUGGUCCUGGCCUACCAGCGCAUCUACGUCACCGCCAUGAGCCAUGUGCGGCAGAUUGAGACGCUACAACGCGCUGGCUCCGCCCCAGCUACCCCCGCCAUCAUCAUGAGGUCAUCGACCUGCUCGGACCACUACCACCUCAGGACAGAGCAGACUCCUCUUGCCAACAGUCGCAUGCACAUUGAGACCAAAGCGGCAAAGACCCUGGCCAUCAUAAUGGGCUGCUUCUGCCUGUGCUGGGCGCCCUUCUUCAUCACCAACGUGGUGGACCCCUUCAUCCACUACUCCGUGCCCUGGCAGCUAUGGACAACAUGGCUUUGGCUCGGCUACAUCAACUCGGGCCUGAACCCCUUCCUCUACGCCUUCCUGAACCGGGCUUUUCGAAGGGCCUUUCUGGUGAUUCUUUGCUGUGGGGAUGAGCGCUUAUUACGCCAGGCGAGCUCCUCCUAUGGACCCGCCCACAGAGUGUGCUCGCCAUCCCUCAACGGGACUUCCAUGGCACUAAGAUUGUCCUUCCUACCAAACCGGAGCUACUGCGACAAUGGAAGAAGGAUACUGACCAACGAGCAGGAGUCCCAGGACUCUCUGGGACCACUCUGAGAAAGGACUUCUCCUCCAGGACUCUGUGGGACCACUAUGAGAAAGGACUUCUCCUCCAGGACUCUGUGGGACCACUAUGAGAAAGGACUUCUCCUCCAGGACUCUGUGGGACCACUAUGAGAAAGGACUUCUCCUCCAGGACUCUGUGGGACCACUAUGAGAAAGGACUUCUCCUCCAGGACUCUGUGGGACCACUAUGAGAAAGGACUUCUCCUCCAGGACUCUGUGGGACCACUAUGAGAAAGGACUUCUCCUCCAGGACUCUGUGGGACCACUAUGAGAAAGGACUUCUCCUCCAGGACUCUGUGGGACCACUAUGAGAAAGGACUUGUCCUCCAGGACUCUGUGGGACCACUAUGAGAAAGGACUUCUCCUCCAGGACUCUGUGGGACCACUAUGAGAAAGGACUUCUCCUCCAGGACUCUGUGGGACCACUAUGAGAAAGGACUUCUCCUCCAGGACUCUGUGGGACCACUAUGAGAAAGGACUUCUCCUCCAGGACUCUGUGGGACCACUAUGAGAAAGGACUUCUCCUCCAGGACUCUGUGGGACCACUAUGAGAAAGGACUUCUCCUCCAGGACUCUGUGGGACCACUAUGAGAAAGGACUUCUCCUCCAGGACUCUGUGGGACCACUAUGAGAAAGGACUUCUCCUCCAGGACUCAGUGGGACCACUAUGAGAAAGAACUUCUCCUCCAGGAGGUCAUCAACUGCUCCAAGUGUGUUUCUAGUUGAUGUUAGACAUGAUUUGAUAUAUUUAUCAUCACUGCUGAUUAGGGAUGUCCGAUAAUGGCUUUUUACUGAUAUCCGAUAUUCCGAUUUUGUCCAACUCUUAAUUACCGAUACCGAUAUCAACCGAUACCGAUAUCAACCGAUAUAUGCAGUCGUGGAAUGAACACAUUAUUAUGCCUAAUUUGGACAACCAGGUAUGGUGAAGAUAAGGUACUUUAAAAAAAAAUUAAUAUAAUAAGAUAAAUAAAUUAAAAACAUUUUCUUGAAUAAAAAAGAAAGUAAAACAAUAUAAAAACAGUUACAUAGAAACUAGUAAUGAAUGAAAAUGAGUGAAAUGAAGUGUUAAAGGUUAGUACUAUUAGUGGACCAGCAUCAUGUGGGCUUACGGACUGU